AAACUCUUCUAGCUGAUAUCAGAAAUGAGGAAACGCUUGCAGUCAUGACUGAGUUUUCAGAACUUCAUGAUGCUUCGUCUAAACCAUGGACUCAGCUCAGUUCCUUCACAGCUUUAGUUUUCCUUCUUCUAACACAAAACUGUUCAGGUCUUUCCCAGGUGGUCGGUCCGUCUCAGCCGGUCCUGGCAAUGGUUGGUGAUGACGUUCUUUUGUCGUGUCGGCUGGAACCUGCCGUGGAUGCUUCAGACAUGUCCAUAGAGUGGUCCAGAGAAGACCUAGACCCUUCAUAUGUCUAUGUAUGGUGGGAUAAAGAGGAACUGGAAAGUUCCAAACAUCCUGAUUAUAAAGGAAGAACAUCAUUGUUAUUUAAUAAACUGGAGUUUGGAGACGUUUCACUGAAACUCUCCAAAGUGAAACUGUCUGAUGAGGGAAAAUACAGAUGCUUCAUUCCUACACUGGGUCGAGGAUCUACUGUUGAACUGGUUGUUGGUACUGAUCCAUUUACAGUCAUCACUUUAGAAGGACUUGGUAGAACCAGCAGCUCAGUGGUGUUACAGUGUGAGUCUGCAGGCUGGUAUCCAAAGCCUGAGGUGUUGUGGCUGGACGGUGAUGGAAACCUCCUCUCUGCUGGACCUACAGAGACAGUCAGAGGUCCUGAUGACCUCUAUACUGUCAGCAGCAGAGUGACUGUGGAGCAGAAACACAGCAACAAGUUCACCUGCAGAGUCCAGCAGAACAACAUCAACCAGAGCAGAGAGGCUCUGAUACAAGUUACAGGGAAAAGGAAAACUUUGGUAAAUGAAAAGCAAGAAGAGCUUGAACGAUAUAAGGAUGAGAAGAAGACGUUUCUAGAGACCAAGAGAAGUUUGCUGGAUGAGAAGCUCAAGUCAAUGAAGACUGAGAGAAAACUGAAGACAGUGAUCCAGAACAUGAUCCACGAGCUGGAUGAAAUGAACUUUGAUACCAACUCUGACCCUACUGGGAGCGAUGAGAAGAAUCAACAGGAAGAGUUAGAGAAGCUCCAGGAUGAGAAGCAGAAGUGGAUGAAGACUGUUGUAAACCUGAAGACAGAACUCCAGGACAUGAACCAGGAGUUGAAGCUGGCAGGACCCAUAAUUAUGGAAGAGGUCAAUGAAAGGGACCGCUACAUCAGUCUCAAGAACAUUUCGACUGAGGAGAUGGAACUGAAAGGCUGGAAGUUAACACUACAUAGAAACGGUGAACUACUCGUCAGGUUUACAUUCAAUGAGUCAUUCAAACGUCAGGCUGGAGAGAUUCUCUGUAUAGCGCACCCAUCAUGGUUCAGCAAACAUCCUGAUGAUGUUGAUCUGGUGUGGUCAGAACUGAAGUACUGGAUUCCUGGAGACAAAAUGAAGAUGAACCUCAUCAGCAACAAUGGAGAGCUCUUCAGACUGCUGUAAUGUGAAUAAACAUGUGAAACAUCA